AUGGCGGGAGACAGCGCGGCGGCGCAGGGCUGCCAGCGAAGGGACAUUGGUCGCCCGAGGGUUGGCAAUACUGCUGCCCCUCCGAGCCCAGUCGGCUGGAUAGGUAAGGGGCAACUGGUUGUGUUGUCGGGAUGUUGUUUACACGAAUCAGCUGGCUGCUGCGGUGGUGGGGAAAUCAGCUGGACCCUCCCUCACACUGUUGCUAUAGCGGCUAUCGUAGGAUGGAGAUGGGGCCGGUGCUGCGAAUAUUUGGGGUCAACGAACGGAAUGGGAUGUCGAAUUGAGGGGCCUUCUAGCCUCCUACCGCCAGUGGUCUGGUCACGUCACCGUUCUCUAUGCACAGUUAGCACAGUCUGA